ACUCAGCUGAAUCUGAUACUUAAAAAAAAAAAAAAAAAAAAGAAGAGAAAAAAAAUCGGUGUAUAGCACAAACAGCUAAUAAAGCUGGCGAAGUUUUAAGAAUUCUAAAUCUCAACCAAUUGUACUAAAAUCGCUCCCUCUCUCUCUCUCUCUCUCUCUCCCAUCUUGGCAACAGUUGCUUCAUCGUUCACACUGCAAACAGUUCGUUCGAUUGCUCAAAUGUAGAGUUGCUGAUGAUUCUAGGUUAGAGGAAGAGUGCCUGUUUCUGUCUGCGAGUUGCCGAGAGAGAGAGAGAGAGGGGAGAGUCAGAGGCCGCCAUGUCUGCGAGCUUCAGCCCUUCGCGAAGCCCUGCUAGCUUGCGGUUGCAGUUGGGCAGCGGAGUCUCGAGGCUGAGAUCUUCGUCCUUCAAAAAGCCGCCGGAGCCUCUCCGGCGAGCCGUCGCCGAUUGCCUAUCCUCCUCGUCCGCCUCCCACCACGGAGGCCCUUCCACCGUCGUCUCCGAGGCCUCGAGGACUCUACGGGAUUAUCUGGCAGCGACUGCGACAACUGACCUGGCUUACAGUGUGAUUUUAGAACAUACCCUUGCAGAGAGGGAGCGCAGCCCAGCUGUUGUUGCAAGGUGUGUGGCACUUUUGAAGCGGUACCUUUUACGAUAUAAACCUAGUGAGGAGACAUUGCAGCAAAUUGAUCGGUUUUGUGUCAACACAAUUGCUGAGUGUGAUAUAAACCCAAACCGAAGAUUGUCACCGUGGUCACGAUCUUUAGACCAACAAUCGGGAGCAUCUAUAGCAUCUGCAAGUAUUUCUCCUUUGCCUGUAUCUAGUUUUGCAUCAGCAGCACUUGUAAAGUCCUUGAAUUAUGUUCGUUCCUUAGUGGCUCAACAUAUUCCAAAACGGUCAUUCCAACCAGCAGCUUUUGCUGGUGCACCUCCUGCAUCAAGACAGUCACUUCCAACACUGUCAUCUCUGUUGAGUAGAUCGUUCAAUUCUCAAUUAAGCCCUGCAACUGGUGGGGAACCUUCAGAGAACAAAGAUGCUUCGACCUUAUCCAUUUCAAAUGUAUCGAACAUUGAGAAAGUUGAUGUUGUGGAAGAUAUUGAAUACAUUGCCCUUGAUGUUUUAGCAUGGCGCUGGCCUGGGGAACAGCAGUUCCCUUUGGUUUCUCCUGAGAGUGACUGUGUUUUGAAUCCCCAAGACAUGAGUACGCAUAAUUUCCUUGAAGUAGGUGCUGCAGCUUUACUUGUAGGAGACAUGGAAGCAAAAAUGAAAGGUCAGCCUUGGCAACAUUGUGGAAGUGCUGAUAUGCCUUAUCUUGAUCAAAUGUUGCAGCCUUCUUCUGUCACAACAGCUACCAAUUCUGCCUCUGCUCGCCCUCAUUUGAGAGCAAUAACAGCUUCUAAACGCAGUAAACAAGCCCCUCAUCAAAUAUGGGAGGAUUCUCUUGUUAGUACAUUCCGCCCACGUGCGCGGCCCCUGUUCCAGUAUCGUCAUUACAGCGAACAACAACCUUUGCGAUUGAAUCCUGCGGAGGUGUGCGAGGUUAUUGCUGCAGUUUGCUCAGAAACAUAUUCAUCAAAUUCUAAUCUCAUGACAGUUUCAUCCAGAUUGAAUAAUAGCAGUGGAAAGCCGUCGAUGGAUGUGGCUGUGAGCGUCCUUAUCAAACUUGUUAUUGACAUGUAUGUUCUGGAUUCUGGGAUCGCUGCUCCUCUCACUCUGUCUAUGCUUGAGGAAAUGAUUAGCUCCCCGAGAUCAGCUUCUAGGGCUCGUGCUUUUGAUUUAAUUCUGAACCUUGGGGUUCAUGCUCACCUGUUGGAACCAAUAAUUGUUGAUGAUACUUCCACAAUUGAUGAAGAGUACUCUCAAGAGUUAUAUUUUGACAAUGAGUCUCAAUUUGGUACACGACAACAGAGAAACACAGACUCCUUCAAGAUAGAAGCUUCCUCAGCUAUUGAUAAAUUUGAGUUUUGGAUUUUAGGCAUUCUUUAUGAGAUUCUUCUUCUUCUUGUUCAGAAAGAAGAGAAGGAAGAAUCUGUUUGGGCAUCUGCCUUUAGCUGUUUACUCUAUUUUGUCUGUGAUAGAGGCAAAAUUUGGAGGAACAGACUGAAAGGUCUUGAUAUAAGGGUUAUUAAGACACUUUUGGAGAUUAGCAGGAAGAAUUCUUGGGCAGAAGUAGUUCAUUGCAAACUCAUUUGCAUGUUAACAAAUAUGUUUUAUCAAGUUGCUGAUGGACCUGCCCUUGCUGUUUCAAGUACCCCAAUAUUUCUUGUUGACCAGGUCGAUCUGAUUGGGGGAAUUGAGUUUAUAUUUUUUGAGUAUUCUCUUGCAAAUUCAAGGGAGGAAAGGAGAAAUCUUUAUCUGGUUCUUUUUGACUAUGUUUUGCAUCAAAUAAAUGAGGCGUGCAUGGCUACUGGAGUCUCUGAAUAUAGCGAUGAUGAGAUUCAACCGAUUGCUACACUGCUUAAACUUGUAGAUGCACCAGAAGCUUUUUAUAUUUCUGUUAAGCUUGGGGUGGAAGGCAUUGGAGAAAUUUUAAGAAGAUCAAUUUCAAACACAUUGUCUAGAUAUCCAAACAGUGAACGCCUAAAUAUGCUCCUGGAGAAGAUUACUGGGAAGCUUGAUUCAAUUAUAAGUUCAUUUACUCAUUUAGAUAAAGAGUUCUCACAUAUGAUAGAGAUAACAAAAUCUUGCAAGUUUUUGAGUCACAUUGAAGAUUUGGGAAGCAGUUUUGGCAUGAAGGCAAAGCUCUCAUGGGCUACUUUACAUUCUCUUCUUCAUUCAGAAAGAAAUCCUUGCCGUCAGAAUGCAUGCAUCUGGUUGGGUGAUUUACUCAUUGCUGAAAUUAGUGAAGAAAGAAAAGCAACUAUAUGGUCAAAUAUCAAAAACUUGCAGCAACAAAUUACCCGAGCUGGGGUUCAUGAUUCUUCAGUUGCUUCUGAUAUUCCUUUAUCCAUUUGUCUUUUGUGUGGGCUUUUGAAGUCAAAACACAACUUGAUCAGAUGGGGCUUCCUAUUUGUGCUAGAGAGGCUUCUCAUGCGAUCUAAAUUUUUGUUAGAUGAGAAAGAGCUACAGCAUACAAGUAGUAGCGAAGAAGUAGUUGGACAUGUUAACACAGAUAGUCGCCUCGAGAAAGCAAAUGCAGUGAUUGACAUUAUGAGCAGUGCUUUGUCAUUGGUGGCCCAGAUAAAUGAAACAGAUCGCAUGAUUAUUUUAAAGAUGUGUGACAUUCUAUUUUCUCAAUUAUGCCUGAAAGUCCUCCCAGCAUCUGCAACACCUUCUACAGAUGUAAUACAGCAGGGGAAAAUUUUUGGUCGUUCAGAUGAAAGUAAAAAAACCAAAGCAGGGGAGUGCACCAUUCAACAGGAAAACUUUGGCAUGGAGGAACCUAUGGAAAAAAUUGUUGACAGAUUUGGCUGUAAUGGUGGAACUCUAAAUUGUGAGACAGCAUCUAUGGCCGCACUGCUUCUCCAAGGGCAGGCAAUUGUUCCCAUGCAGUUGGUUUCACGUGUUCCUGCUGCUUUGUUUUACUGGCCAUUGAUUCAGCUUGCUGGUGCAGCAACUGACAAUAUUGCAUUGGGCGUUGCUGUUGGUAGCAAAGGAAGAGGAAACCUACCAGGUGCUACAUCAGACAUCCGGGCUACCCUUCUUUUGCUUCUGAUUGGUAAAUGCACUGCUGAUCCUGCUGCUUUCCAAGAAGUUGGUGGAGAAGAAUUUUUUAGGGAGCUUUUAGAUGAUACAGAUUCAAGGGUGGCAUAUUACUCCUCAGCAUUUCUUCUUAAGAGAAUGAUGUCAGAAGAACCUGAAAAGUAUCAACGCAUGCUUCAGAAUAUAAUUUUUAAAGCUCAGCAGAGCAACAAUGAAAAGCUGUUGGAGAAUCCCUACCUUCAGAUGCGAGGCAUACUCCAGCUGUCAAAUGACCUUGGAACCAGGUUGUGAUCUGAUUACUUGAUUUUCUGCAAGUCAAUUUUCUUGACUUGCUCGAGUAGCUUGACAUUCAUUACAACACACGCUCAUGAUGUUUUAGUGCUCAGCGUUAUCUGGCCUAAGUUCAAAGUAUGCAUAAUCAGAAGAUUACUAAUUUUCUGAGCUCACAUGCAGUAGCUCUGGAAAUUGGUUCCUUAAUGUGAUUCAUGCUGGCUGAAAUGUUAAGCUAAGCUUGAAGUAUAACUUCCACUAUGAUAGUGGAUGGUGCUCGCUAAUUGUUUGUGGAAUAUUUUGCGGUUCAAUGGUGACCUGUCUGGCUGUGGGUUUUGCACCAAGAUAAUAGGUAAUGGUGAGCCAUCCUGUGGCAGCUUUCCAUACUCAUAUCCAAAUUGUACAUGUGUCUAAUUUUGAAUUGAUGAGGAAUUCCUGUAUACGGUGAGAACUAUGAAGCCCAACCUUCAGCUCAAGGGUUUUGAGCUGGAGAUGUGAGACUGUCAUUAUAAAGUCAAGAGUGCCCAAGUCAUCGCCAAAAGUUUAUGGAGUUACCAUUUAUUCUGCUAUUGGAUGUUUCAGAACAGGAGACUGAAUAAAUCUUCAGUUAUUGGCGUUGCAUAAUGACUGCAGAAGCUUUGUGGGCAACUGGAGAAUACUUGUUCUGUACAGAUCAGAUUUUGUGUUUUGGCCUGCCUGCUUGUUUUGUUAUAUUCCGGAGGCAGCAAUCACGCCGAAUUUUUAGAAAGGCAUAGUAAGAUAAUAAAAAAUAGUUUGUAAAACUAGCAGGGUUUCAUCACCUUGAGUUCGAGAAGAUUAGGCUCCAGAUCCCACUUGUGGAUUGGCAUAAAGUUGCUGUAGCCACAAGAUGCACCAGCUCAAUUCUUAAAAGCGCCGAGGAGCAUCCGUAGGGGGUGCCUGCUAUGAUUUUGCUAUGAUUUGGAUCCAUUGUUCUUUAUUUGUAUCAACAUUGUAUAUAUGGGUUUUUUGGCCUCCUCCUGGACAAAUGGCACUUGUAAAAUGGCUGCUGUGAAAUUUGUUUCAUGUACAAAUUAACAUUGUUACAGAAAUUUGCUUUAACAAAAAAUUUUGACUUGUAAUCAUGGUGAUUGUAAAAUAAUAGCAGUAGAAAAGUUUUGGCUCUAAA